AUGAAAGCCACAGCCGUGUCUGCGUUGGCGGCAGCCAUUUUCGGGGCAUCGUCUGCUCUCGCUGGUGUGGCCAGCAAUGUCCAGGCCAGAGAGAGCAAAAUCACUCCUGUCACAGUCAAGGGGAAUGCAUUCUGGCAGGGAAACAGGCGUUUUUAUAUACGCGGAGUCGAUUAUCAACCAGGAGGAGCUUCCAAGGUCAAGGAUCCCAUCGCUGAUCCUGAGGUAUGCAAACGAGACAUCGCCAAAUUCAAGGAGCUGGGCCUGAACACUAUCCGCAUUUACACUGUCGACAACAGCAAGGACCACGACGAGUGCAUGCAGGCUCUGGCUGAUGCCGGCAUCUACCUUGUCCUCGAUGUCAACACUCCUAAGUAUUCUAUUAACCGCAUGGAACCCGAGAUUUCCUACAAUGACGUAUACCUCCAGAACGUCUUUGCUACCGUCGCAAUGUUCGCGAAAUAUGACAACACUCUAGCUUUCUUCUCCGGAAACGAGGUUAUCAACGAUGGGCCUACCUCUAAAACCGCCCCUUACGUCAAAGCAGUCACUCGUGAUAUUCGCCAAUUUAUCCGUAAGCAGGGCUUGAGAGAAGUCCCUGUUGGCUACUCUGCGGCUGAUGUCGACUCCAACCGUCUCCAGAUGGCGCAGUACAUGAACUGCGGUCCUGAUGACGAGCGCAGCGAUUUCUUUGCUUUCAACGAUUACUCCUGGUGUGACCCAUCCACCUUCGAGAAGGCCGGCUGGGACAAAAAAGUCGAGCUGUUCUCCGGGUAUGGACUGCCCCUUUUCCUCUCGGAGUACGGCUGUAACACGAACACACGCGAGUGGAACGAAGUGAAGGCUCUGUACUCCGAGAAAAUGACCAGCGUCUACUCUGGUGGUCUCGCCUAUGAAUAUUCCCAGGAGCCCAAUAACUAUGCCGGUGACGGUGGAUAUAAUGAGGCCGGUGGAGCCAGCCCAUGCCCCAAGAAGAACGCUCCCAGCUGGGAUGUUGAUGGUGAUAAACUGCCUGCCAUCCCUGAGCCGGCAAAGGUAUAUGUCAUGAAAGGCGCUGGAAAAGGUCCUGGCCUAGGCGGUUCUGGUAGCCAAAACGCUGGCACCGGAUCAUCUGGCUCGGCUGAACCAGGUUCUGGUGCUGUAGACGGCAAGACUGGCAAAGGGGGUUCCGGGGGGCAAGGAAACGGUGCUGUUGGCUUACACCCCGGAUAUGCCGUCGUGUCGAUGUCGAUGGUCACUGCGGCUUUCUUCCUGAUGAACUAG